CUGCGGCCUCUGCUCCUCGCUCUCCCUCAUCCUCUCCUGGAUCCUUCGCGAAGUCGCUGCCCCCCUCCUCCAGAAGAUCCCAUGAUACUUUCUUCUAUAUAUUGAUGCCUUGCCGCUACUGAUUGGACCACAUCACUGCUUCUCUCAAUCUGCCCUCUUUGCCUUCCCUCUUAACAAAUCCCCCGCCCCUUAUUGUCUAACAGAAGUGACACCGCUCAAAUUUUUAGUUCCUAUUGGGAUUUGAUUCCAUCGCUUGCUGUGCCUUAAAAAAUCGUCGUCGGCCAUGGCGACCCUCCGUUUUCCGAUUUCGUUCGGGGCAUGCUCUCAGAAUUGUGAUAUCUCCAAAUCGGGUAUGAUGGUUCCGUCAGCACCCAAAAAAAUUCUAUUUGCUAGCAGAAGAAGCCAGCAAGUCGGAGUUUGGUGCAGAUCUUGUAGGCCGAUUGCCUCAUCGGCAUCGCGUAGUCCAAUUCGGCGAUUGCAUCCGAGUGUGGGUGUGAAAAUUGGUAGCAAAGAGGAACUACAAAAGGGAUUUUCAUACACAUUUAGAACUGAUAGCAAUGGGAUCGUGAAGGUCGUGGUGCGAUCCGAAUAUGGGAAGUACGUCGUUCGGUUUGAAGUUACUUUCUUGCCGCAGUUUGGAACUGAAGAGGGUUUGGUACUGAACUGGACCAUGUUUACGUCUGAUUCGUCGCUGUUGUUAGUUCCGUGUUCUCAAGCUUCAGAAGGAACUGUUACGGCAAAGGUGCCGUUUGUGCAGAAUUCAUCAGGGAGUUUUUUAGCAGAGUUGGUAUUCGACGCUUCCAAAGUCCCUUUUUACUUAUCGUUUCUGCUGAAUUCGGCUGGAUCGGAGAUAAGAAGCCAUAGGAAAACAAACUUCUGUGUGCCUGUUGGUUUGGGUUCAGGACAACCAAUGCCGCUAGGUGUUUCAGUUUCUGAUGACGGCUUGACUAACUUUUCCUUAUUUUCAAAGAAUGCCGAGGGCGUCAUUCUUUGUCUUUAUGAUGGUAUCAAAGAUGAACCAGCCUUGGAGAUUGAGUUGGAUCCGUACAUAAACUGUACAGGUGACAUAUGGCAUGUCUCCUUGGAGAAUGUUGAAGAGUAUGUGAGCUAUGGUUAUCGCUGCAAAGGGCCAAUACUUUGGCGAAAGGGAGAUAGGUUUCACAUGAAGCACGUCCUCUUGGAUCCAUAUGCCAAAGUAAUCGGAAAUUUUUUUCCUGAUCAUGGUGGAAAGGUUUCUCUCUCUAGGUGCCUUGCCUCUCUAGCAAAGGAGUCUGCCUUUGACUGGAGUGGUGAUACUAGUCCAUGCUUGCCCAUGGAGAAGCUGGUGGUCUAUCGAUUAAACGUGGGGUUGUGCACAAAAGACAAAUCCAGUGGGUUGUCAGAAAAUGCUGCUGGGACUUUCUCUGGUUUGAUUGAAAAGAUUGAGUAUUUUAAAACCCUUGGUGUCAAUGCAGUUCUAUUGGAGCCGAUAUUCCCAUUUGAUGAGAAAAAGGGCCCCUACUUCCCUUUCCAUUUCUUCUCUCCGAUGAUGUCAUAUGGCCAUGGUCGUGAUAGUGCUUCAGGCACUAAUUCUAUGAAGGAGAUGAUUAAGUCUAUGCAUGCACGUGGUAUGGAGGUCCUGUUGGAGGUUGUGUUCAGUCAUACUAGCGAGGGAGGAGAUGCAGCCAGUCAGAUGAUAUCAUUCCGUGGAAUUGAUAAUUCUUCUUAUUACAUUGUUGAUGGGGAUGUCAGAUCAGGAGCCAAUAAUGCAUUGAAUUGCAAUAAUCCUAUCGUUCAACGUUUGAUUUUGGACAGCCUCCAUCAUUGGGUCGUCGAAUACCAUGUUGAUGGUUUUUGUUUUGUUAACUCUUCUUCUCUAGUUCGUAGCUCAAAUGGAAAUAACUUAUCCCGUCCUCCUCUACUUGAGGCUAUAGCAUUCGAUCCAAUCCUUUCUAAGACAAAGAUUAUUGCAGACUGCUGGUCCCCGAUUGAUAUGUCAUCCAUGGAAAUCCAAUUCCCUCACUGGAAAAAGUGGGCAGAAAUGAACUCCAGAUUCUCUGUUGAUGUAAGAAACUUUUUGAGGGGUGAAGCACUUCUAAGUGAUCUUGCUACACGCAUUUGUGGCAGUGGAGACCUAUUUUCUUCCAGGGGUCCUGCAUAUUCUUUCAACUAUAUUACAAAGAACUUUGGACUUCCCCUUGUUGAUUUGGUCAGCUUCAGUAGCAUUGAUCUUGCUUCAGAGUUAAGCUGGAAUUGUGGUGAAGAAGGUCCGACAGGCAAUAGUUCUGUUCUCCAGACACGGCUUAAGCAGAUACGGAAUUUCCUUUUCAUUCUAUUUGUUUCACUAGGGGUUCCUGUACUUAAUAUGGGGGAUGAGUGUGGGUACUCUAAUGGCGGAUCGCCAUCCUACAAUGAUAGACGACCUUUUGAUUGGAAUAGCCUAAGAACUGGCUUUGGCCUGCAAAUUACGCAAUUUGUUGCGUAUUUGUCUUCACUAAGAAAUCGAAGAGGUGAUAUCUUUCAGAGGAAGGACUUUCUUAAAGUGGAAAAUAUAUGUUGGAAUGGAAGUAAUCAAACUGAGCCCAACUGGGGGGACUCUUCUUGCAAGUUCCUUUCUGUUAUGUUUAAGGCAGAUGUAGAUGGCAGGGCAUCAAAGUUACAUAGGGGUGACUUGUUUAUUGGAUUCAAUGCUAGUGACCAUCCAGAGGUUGCUUUAUUGCCGGAGCAGUCGGAAGGAACUGUUUGGCUUCGUUUAGUUGAUACAGCACUUCCAUUUCCUGGCUUUUUUGCCAGUUAUUCUGAUCCCAAUGUCCAUCAGGUUGCUGGGUUGUCGGCUUAUGAAAUAAAAUCUCACAGUUGCUCCUUAUUUGAAGCAAAAAGAACUGAGCUGUUGUAGCUGCUCUUGGAAUUACUCGUAUGUCUGUCGAAAAUGUAGUAUCUGGAGAUUAUUACUCAAUGCUCUGUGCGAGUGUAGAGUGAGAGACUAUUUGCAGAAGCCAGGCAGAAACAUUUUGUGCUUUUUUUAGGAAAAACAAUUGCUCCAAGCAUUCAUAUUGUGUUAUAUGUGAUAAUAACAGAGGCAUUUUGCUUCUGGUCUAGUUAGCAAUCUUCUACUUUCUUUUCGUUGCUUGUCUUUUUAGUAUGUUUUGAUGGACAAAGUGUGGGUUUUCUAUUAUGCUCCAGUUAUUCAGCCUUGCCUUCCUCUA